AUGAAGAGCGGGACCUAAAUCAUUCAAAUCGUGAGAUCCAGCCAUAUUCCUUAAUUACAUUGCAAGAUGGCUUCUAUCCGUAUCGGCAUCAUUGGGCUAUCACCCAACUCUUUCAGCUCUUGGGGUGCUACCGCACAUCUUCCUUAUCUUUUAUCAUCUCGCGGCCAAGCAAGUUACGAGAUCGUCGCUCUGCUCAACUCAUCUGUCGAAGCCGCUGCAUCGGCAAGAGCUCAUUUUCAGCUUCCAGAUUCAGUCAAGGCGUAUGGCACUCCGGAGCAACUGGCUGCUGACUCCGAUAUCGAUCUUGUUGUAUGCGUCACUUUCGUAAGACAUCACUUCAAAACACUUGGCCCUAGCUUAGCAGCUGGCAAGCGUGUUUUUGUCGAGUGGCCCCUUGUCACCAACUUGGAUGAGAUCACCAAGCUACAAAAGCUGGUAGCCUCGUCCAAGAUUCUGGAAGAAAGUGUUCUUGGGUUCCAGGGGCGUAUGUCGCCAGCGAUCAAGAAGCUCAGGGAAAUGUUGGGUGGCGGAACGAUCGGCAAAGUUCUGAGCAGUGAUGUUAAAGCCGCUGUAAAGCUUCUACCUGUGCCUGACGGAACUCUCCCCGAGCCAGCAGCGUACAUGGCCGACAGGACUAAGGGAGCAAACAUGGUCACGGUUGGAUACGGUCAUAUGAUUGACUACAUUCAUGCUGUCCUUGGGGAAUGGGAGAAAACGAGCGUCACGACGCAAGUUCAGAAGCCAGAUAUUGCUUUACUUGAUACUGAUCCUCAACAAACUAUAACAUCUAAUAUCCCUGACCUAAUCAUUACCCAAGGAACAGUCAAGGGUGUGGACUAUGUUGCUAAGAGUGCGACUCUGAGUGUAACCUGGCGAAGCGGUUUACCUUUCCAAGGUGAUCCAGCUUUCGUUUGGAACAUACGUGGCGAAAAGGGAGACGUUCAAAUGAUCAGCCGCUCCUCGCCACAUAUCGGUGCUGAGCCAUCUGAUGAGGCCAUCAGCAUCAAAGUUCACAUCUAUGCUACUGACAAGGUCGAGCGUGUGCCGUGGGCCUGGGAAGAAUGGCAGGCUACGCUACCUGUGCCAACCAGAAAUACAGCUGCACUCUAUGAGGAGUAUGCCGCUUGGGUCCAUAAUGGGUCG